AUGACUCUCCCCCGAAGCGUCAAAGUCCGCUCGACUUGCAACGCCUGCCAGCAGGCUAAGAUCCGCUGCAGCCAUGAGAAACCCUCGUGUCGACGGUGCCAGAAGCACAAUAUCGACUGUGUCUACAGCGUCUCGAGGCGGUUGGGAAGACCGGCAAAGAAGAGGGACCCGGAUGAUAGGAGGAGGAAGCCGAAGAAGGAAGUUGAGGAAACGCAGGAUAUCGACUUCACCGAUAGCUGGCUACAAGACUUCAUCACGGAUCUCCCAGAUACUGGAAUCUUGGAUACCGUGACCGACACUAGUGCGUUGGACUCGAUAGCAACGUCUACCAGUCUCCCCGAUCCAGAUCCCCACACCAUCCCCUACUACGAUCCGGUCCUUCUCCAGUCUAGUCCAGACACACUCGAUAUGGACAUGGCCCUCUUGCCCAUGGACAUGGACACCUCGACUUCCCCAGCAGACACACUCCCUUCGCUUCCGACACCCGUCUCACCACCCAUUGACACCAGCCCUAACCAUAACCAUAAUGGUAAUGCAAACCUUCACUUCCGCCAACCCCAACCACCUCCGUCAGCACACGGACCCAUGCCCCGAAGACCCUACGACGAAUACCAAUUCCCCGACCCGUCAUCCACAUCCUCCCUCCCAACAUCCCUGGACAUCAAUGCCAAUAUUGAUCCCUAUACCUGUCAAUGCCAGUGCCACGAGCACACACUCCGCGAAAUCAUCCGCGUAAACAUGACCCUCUGUGCUGCAUCCCGUAUAGCCCCCGCCGGAACUAUUGACGCAAUCCUAACGUCUCAACGGGGACUGCAGAAUCUCGCCGAGACGAUAAUGCAGUGCUCAAUUUGUGCGGGAACCCGACUGACGCUGCUCACGAUUGUCAUGGUUACCAUUGAUAGUUUGAUUUCGGCGAUGGAGGUUAUUACGGCUUCUUCGGCUGGUUCUCCUGGAGCGGGGACUGGAGCGGCGGAGGAGGUGUUUGGGAGGUAUCCUUCCCCAAAGGGGGUUGGAAGUGGGAGUGCCAGUGGCACAAAUGCUGGCGGGGGUGGGGGAGGUACCUUUCUCAAGUCUCAGAUUGAGGCGUGUCCGUUGUUGGUUGGGAGCUUUCGUGUACCGCAAGAGGAGAAGUACACGUUUGUCAAACAAGUUCUGCAGACCAGGCUUGGGGGGUUGUUAACGACUAUUCGUCGGAUUCGGUUCUGUACGCAAGAGAUGCUGGCUGGGACUGCGGCACGAGGACGGUUGAUGAUGAUGAUGGAGACGGAUCGAAGGUUGCAAAUGGUUAUGAUGAGGAUGAGGAUGCUAGGUCGAUAG